AUGCCCCCUAAAAGAAGAGUUUCAAAAGAGAAAAAAGAUCCGAAGAAGCCAGAAAACUCAGCGGCUGCAGCAAGCAACAGCCAAGAAAGGGCUACCAAAUCACAGGAGAAGCCAGGCCGCGUUGUGCCAUCCAAAGCAAGACGUGUAAAAGAGGAAGCGAAAGAAUCUGUCUCCGUGGCACAGGCUAGUGCUGCAGAGCCAGUUCUGCCUGAGAAAAUUCAGGAGUACAUAAUGUCUGAUAAAAGUGACCUGAAAGCUGAACUGGAACGGAAGAAGCAGCGUUUAGCACAAAUACGGGAAGAGAAGAAACGUAAAGAGGAGGAGCGGAAAAAGAAGGAGGCAGAACAACAGCAAAAAACAGAGCCAAUCCAUGAAGAUUCUGAUCUAGACCGCAAGAGGCGUGAAACAGAAGCUCUACUGCAGAGUAUUGGGAUCUCCCCAGAGCCACCUCUAGUUCCAACCCCAAUAUCUCCUUCAUCCAAAUCAGUGAGCACGCCCAGCGAGGCCGGGAGCCAGGACUCUGUUGAUGGUGCAAUAAUGGGACGGAAUAUUCAAAGUGGCCUUAUGGGGACCUUGCAGUGGGAUACUGACCCGUCUGUACUGCAGCUGCAUUCAGACUCUGACCUUGGAAGAAGACUUAUUAAACUUGGAGUCUCCAAGGUCACCCAGGUGGAUUUCCUACCUCGAGAAGUAGUUUCUUACGCAAAGGAGACACAGACGCCGGUCACUACACAUCAGGCAGAAGGUGAAAAGAGGAAGAGGAGGAAUUUUCUUUGA